GUGUGGCAGUGUGGGGGGAGCAUGGAGGUGCUGCCUUGCGCCAGAGUGGCGCACAUCGAGCGGACAAAGAAGCCGUACAACAAUGACAUUGACUACUACGCCAAGAGGAACGCCCUGCGGGCCGCCGAGGUCUGGAUGGACGAGUACAAGUCCCACGUGUACAUGGCCUGGAACAUCCCCAUGAAUGUGAGCGUAGCCAUAGUCUGUCAGCGCCGGAAACAUACGGCCAAGGUCAAGGCUAGUGUGAUGAUAGAAAUAGAAUGACAUUCUAUGACAAUACAGGGCUUAUUUCUAUUGAUGGUAGAAAUAGAAUGACAUUCUAUGACAAGACAGGACUUAUUUCUAUUGAUGGUAGAAAUAGAAUGACAUUCUAUGAUAAGACAGGGCUUAUUUCCAUGAGUGUAAUAGAGGUGGUUUGGUGAACCGAGUUCGUGAAUAACCUUGCCUAAGACCUGAAGACUUGUGUUAGCUAAUACCUAAACUUUAGCUCAGCAGGCUAACACAGUAUUAUGGCGCACAGGAGACCCAGUUUGAACACAGAUGGUCACAUGGGUCUGUCUGCUCUUUUACCCACCCAUCCAUCCAUCCAUUCUCACCACUUGUUCAUUCAGACCAGCAUCCUGUAGAGAGACAGCUAUGCCUCAAUGGAAAUUCAGAAUUCAGAUUUCAUCCCACUCAACUUUCAGAGCAGCUCAGUGAGAUCUGAACGACGACGUCUGGCUCUGAGUGGUGGAGCGGAGCGUAGCAGAGAGCUGAAAUCAAAUGAAUGAGGGGGCCUUUCAUUUAAUCAGAGUACACUUUCAUACAUAUCAGUUUAGACGUAAUUGCUUUCAAGAGCCAUUGAAAUGGGCUUGGAAAAUAAUAAUUUUCAAUAAUAAAUAAAAAACAGCUUAAUGGAGAACACUAAUUGCUGUACUGCAAAUUAUCUAUGUGUCACAGGGGGCGGGUGACAAUGCUUUAAAACACAGCCUGGUAGUAAUUGUAUGUUUUUCAAAACAUUAUUGUCAGGAGAAACAAGCUUUGGAUUCUGUUUCACUCAAACAAGGCCUCCUGCACAGGAGCACAUUAAGGUAACGACCCUAGGGUGGCCAAUGCCUCUGUAAAUGUGACAGAAAGCUAGGGAGAAGAAGGGAGAGGUACAAUGAAUGAAUGCAGGAGGAGCAGCCUACUGAUUGAAGGCCUCCGACAGUAACUAAGACAGCACCCUAUAGACAAACUAGCUCAUCGCAUAACAUUCUUGGUCCAAUGUAAUUACAAUCCCAGUGGCAUGGUGCUCUAUUACCCCUCUGUCCCAUGGCGCUGAAGUUAUUUUAUGUACUGUACAAAACGUAUAAUGUUAUAACUAAUCCAUCUCCCAUUCCCUCCACCACACACACAGAAUAAUUGGUUAUUGGUUACUCUGCUAAGAGGGCAGGGUCUAUGAUUCACUGUGGUUACCACCAUCAUGUAGUCCAAAUAACAUCUCCCAAAAGGAAUGCAUCUGUUAGCCUAAUGUUACAGCUAAUUAGAAAGACAGAGGACAAUGGCAUUAUUCACAUAUAUGAAAAUAUGGUUAAUACCCAUGGCUGGCUGUAGAGAAGGAAAAGGGAGCUUUUUAAAGAGAAGUUUGCUUAAGGUUUAGAAACAGUCAGUGUGUCUUUUAAUGAGGCAGUGCAUUUCUGAUGUACAGGCCAGGACACAGUGCAGAGCUCAGAGCAGAGCAGAGCAGUUAUUAGGCAUUUUCCACAUAAAUCUGGGAAGCCACCUCAACGCACAACACCGGCCGGCACGGCAGGGCCGUGAGCACUCAUAAUUAAGCAGCUGAUUAGAAUUUGCACAGCAUACUAUCAUGUCUAAUGAAAGAACAAUGAGGGUCCCACAUGAAAGGCCACCAUCCAUCCAUCUCUAAACCAAAUACACUAUUCCACUCUCAGGCUCUCUCUUUUCUUUUCCUUUUUUCCACCCUUCCUCCCUCCAGCAGUCUUUCGAGGCCUCCAUUUUUCUAUUCAAUCUACAACAAGUGUAGUCACAUGUUGCUUAGCUAAGUAGAUAAUAAGUAAUAGCCUCCUGGAUAAAUGUUAAAUGUGAUUUAUUUUUCCCGUUGCUACCAGAACCCUGGGGUUGACUAUGGGGACGUGUCUGAGCGGGUAGCACUGAGGAAGAGGCUGCAGUGUCAGAGCUUCAGUUGGUACCUGGAGAAUGUCUACCCAGAGAUGCGCAUCUACAACAACACCAUCACAUAUGGGGAGGUGAGACAUUCACUGUUCACUAUUCCCUAUCAAUGAUAGCGAUACAAAAACAAAAGCAUGUUUUGAGUAGAAUACCUAUACUGUAUGUAGUGGAAUACCUGAUUACAUUUUCACUUUCAAUGACACAAUAAAAAAUAAAAAAGAUUUGAGUGGAAUACCUGCAGCCUACUAUGUAUUUGAAGACACGUUCAACAAAUAAUACACAUUUCAAAUUAGUUAAUUUGCAAACCCACAAAUUCUUGAUAAUUUGUUGAAUUAUUUGGCACGCACUUGUCUCUUGCAGUGAUUGCAGGGUGUGCUUUGUUUUUUUUUGCUCUGUAUUUGCAUAUAAGAGCUUCCAUAUAAGAAGAAGCAGUGUUUUCUUUAAUGUCACGUACAGUACUACGCAAGCUAUGUUUACAUACUGUAUACUCAAUCAAUCUACCAUUGACAUUGUAUUUCACCGCUUCUGCAUUUCAAAGAUUACAUGUCAUCGAAAGGUAAAGGUAUAAUGUUUCCACAGAAACGCUGCGCUGCUACAAAAUUAGAUGCAAGAGUAUUAAUUACACACUUAUUUGCUUUUGAUGCCGACUUGAUUGUUUGGGCUCAGCUGCACAACCCUGCACAGCGGAAAAGAUUAUGACAGGAUGAGAAAUUGAGCGCAAGAAGUCAGACAGACAAUUCGGAAUCAUUGUAAAAUAAAAUACAAGCCUUUAACUUAUUGAUUUCGACAUCAGAGUCGGGGGAGAAAAUCAAUAAGCAUUUCAAGUAUAUCGUCGGCAUAUAUCAGAAUUAAAAUAGGCCGCAACUUCAUCAAGCAGCACGAUGUUGGUGGCCCUGGCCCCAUGAAUGCUCCUAGCCCAGCUUCUUGUAAAUGGAUUCCUCAAAGCAGUGCCCAUUUAGGUGCCACUAUUUCAAUUCUGCGACAAGUCUUGGAACAGUCACCAUGUGUUGCCAUAGCGCAGCAGCUGAACCACAGCUGCACCCCCUGCACUGACCAGACCAGCGAAGCCCUCCAGCAGGUGGUGAAGACUGCCCAGUACAUCACUGGGACCGUGCUCCCACCCAUCCAGGACAUCUACUCCAAAUGGUGCCUGAGGAAGGCCCACAGCAUCAUCAAGGACCCCACACACCCCAAGCCACAAGCUGUUCACUCCCUUACCGUCUGGCAGACGUUAUCGGACCAUGUGGUCGGAUACCAACAGGCUCAGAGACAGUUUCUAUCUACAAGCCAUCAGACUGCUGAACACUUGAACUGGACGGACCACCUGCUCUGUUUCUCCGCACCUUAGCACACAUACGCUCACUCACGCACACGCACACACCCACACAGACAAACACACAUCCACACACACACAAACACAUAUACAUUCAUGCUACACACACAUCAUAACUGCUGCUACCAGUUUCUUACUAUGAUUUCUAAAUUCUUCACAAUUUUAACACUUGCCCCACAAUCCCCCCUUCCCCAAAACACGUUUAAAUAUUGGACAAUAAAUUCUGCCUUCCUGUAUUACACUUAUCCUAAAAUGUUUAUUGUAUUCUACUGAGCCAUUUACUUUAUAUUCGUAUUCUUGUCUUUUAUUAUUUCGUAUUGUUGCUGCAUUGUCGAGAAGGAACCUGCAAGUAAGCAUUUUGUUGGACGGUGUAUACCAUGUGUAUCCAAUACAUACGACUAAUAAACCUUAAAACUUUAACCAGACAACACAACAUGAUAGAUCUCUUCAUGUAACAGUAUUACUUCUCCUCACCCCAACCUGGGCUCGAACCAGGGACCCUCUGAAUACAUCAACAACUGCCGCCCACAAAGCAUCGUUACCUAACGCUCCACAAAAGCUGCAGCGCUUGCAGAGCAAGGGAAACAACUACUUCAAGGUCUCAGAGUGAUUGAUGUCACUGAUUGAAACGCUACUAGCACGCACCGCUAACUAGCUAGUCAUUUCACACCGGUUACAUUCACAAGGUGGAAAUAAAGUGAUACACAUUAAAAUCACAUAGUCUUAAAAACACACUUAACCCACACUACCAUCAGGACUAGGAAUCUAGGAGAUUGGAGAGGUUUCUUUUGCUUACUUUAUCUUAGAUUAAGCCUAACAGUCCCGAGACCCCAGCAAAAAUUGGCUUUUCAUUAAUCUGACUUUCAUUUAGCUGCAUGUUCAGCCCUUAUAUUUAGCCUCACUAUGAAGUGAGGCUAAAUAUAAUUAGAACACAAAACAAUUUGACAUAAACAGUUGCAUUCGUGAAUUUUAUUGAGAAAUGUAAAAAUAAUAAUAAGGUCCGGCAAAGCAAAAACCUGAUACAAAUUAAUUUGUUUGCUCACUGGGAAAUUAAUAUCCAACUAUUCAGUGACAACUGUGUGGAGUUUGGAGUUUGUGACAGCAACUAUGUGAGCUUAUUACAGUAUUAUAUACACAAUGUCCUGGGAUUUCCUAUGAUCUUCUAUGUAGAUGAACCUCUUACCUUCUAAUGCUUGUCAGCGUCAUAGAGCACAACAUGUUACAUGUGCGUAUCCAUGAGAUAGCUUUUUAUAGUUUAUAGCUCAAACUAUUCAGACUCUACAUAUGUUUUUGUAAAAAGACCUGACUCCGGGUCCCUUCGGGAUCUGCCCUUGUCUCACAAACACAGACUAAUGGUUGGUAUCUACGGAUGCAGAAUAAAUAGACUAAUCCAAUGGUACAACACAGAAGUCUUUAGCUCAAACACACUGUUUUAAAGGGGUCCAAAACAUCCUGGCGUUAAAAUGGAAUCUCUCAUCACUGUAGAGUAUGUUGUUUGGUGUGUUGCAAGUCAGGAACAGUAAAGUGUCUAUUUUUUGGUGUAUUGUAGGUCAGGAACAGUAAAGUAUAUGUGUUGUUUGGUAUGUUGCAGUUCAGGAACAUUAAAGUGUCUGUGUUCUUUGGUCUGUUGCAGGUCAAGAACAGUAAAUUAUCUGUUGUUUGAUGUGUUGCAGGUCAGGAACAGUAAAGUGUCUGUGUUAUUUGGUGUAUUGCAGGUCAGGAACAGUAAAGUAUCUGUGUUGUUUGGUGUGUUGUAAGGAACAGUAAAGUGUCUGUGUUAUUUGGUUUAUUGCAGGUCAGGAAGAGUAAAGUAUAUGUGUUGUUUGGUGUGUUGUAAGGAACAGUAAAGUGUCUGUUUGGUGUGUUGCAGGUCAGGAACAAUAAAGUUGAUGUAUUGUUUGGUGUGUUGCAGGUCAGGAACAGUAAAGUGUCAGUGUUGUUUGGUGUGUUGCAGGUCAGGAACAGUAAAAUGUAUGUGUUGUUUGGUGUGUUGCAGGUCAGGAACAGUAAGGCCAGUGGCUACUGUCUGGACCAGGGAUCAGAGGACGAUGACAAAGCCAUCCUCUACCCCUGCCACGGGAUGUCCUCACAGGUUAGCAGAUUUCACUCUCUUUUGUAUAUUUACAAGUAA